AGGAGAAAGGAAAAGUCUGUUUGUUACACUGAAACUUUCAGUACGUGUAAACCACUCAGCCCUCCAGUGUGGUGAGAGGCAUGAGCUCAGCACCUGCUAUAACAGUGGAGUUUGGUAUCUGUGUGUGUCUUCAUCUUCUAUGCCAAAGCUGACAGUACCAGUGAGUACUAAUGGCACCCAGGGAAAAGCCAUUUGGAUUCUAGUGUCUGAAGCCUGAAGGGAGAGCAGAGGGCUGGAGAGGAGAGAGGCCGCGGAAUGAAAAUGGAUGUGGAGGUCGAGGAUAUGACCCAGUGGACUGAGUCCGAAUUUGAAGAAAAUUGUACGUACAUUGUGAACGACCAGUCAUGGGACCCCGGUGCCGACACUCGCCUUGUGCACGCACAGGCAACUCUGCCCCGGAAUCUGAAGUUCAAGUACUCACGCGAUUCAAAUGAGGUACUGGGAGUUCUGAGCAUUGAGUACAUACCGAAAGGAACUCGAUUCGGACCACUCAUCGGUGAAAUCUACACCAACGACACUGUGCCGAAGAACACAAACAGAAAAUACUUUUGGAGGGUGUACUCAGAUGGCGAGUUCCACCAUUUCAUUGAUGGGUUUAACGAAAACAAAAGUAACUGGAUGCGAUUUGUGAACCCAGCCCAUUCGAAGCAGGAGCAAUGUCUGGCUGCUUGUCAGAACGGAAUGAACAUCUACUUCUACACCGUGAAGCCCAUCCCCGCUAACAGCGAGUUGCUGGUUUGGUACAGCAGCGAGUUUGCCCGAAGACUCUGCUACCCACCUUCAGAGUGCCUCAGCCUACCUCGAAGUGGGGAACCACGGGAAAAGUGGCAGCCCAACCGUUCAGAAGGCCAAACAAAUGAACAAAAUUGUAAGGAAACGCACUAUGGGACCGACCUGGUUGAAGUGAAGGGAGCUGAGAGCAGGAACGUGGUUCGCAGCUUUGAUAAGAAGCAAAUGAAGGAAAGGAAUUCAGUGCAAACAAUUCAAUCCCAAAUGGCACCCAGAAAGGAAAUUGAGGAGCUCAGAAAAAGACACAGCCCAGAACGGACCUUCCUUCCCCGUGUUGUGUACCCGCUCAGAUCUCACAAUCCAGAUGACUACUUGAAAACCAAUCCUUACAGGACCGGGAGCUACAGUUACAACAAGCAGUUACAUUCCCCCAUACAGUCCUCAUUUACCCCCAACCUGUCAGUUAGAAGCAGCCCAGAGCAAAGCUUGAAAAGCUCAACGCCGUACAGCAGUCCCGAGACUCAUGUUUCUCCUCCAACUCCUUCAUCUCAGGAACAUAAAGAAGGCUUCCCUUACUUAAGUGGACCCUACAACAGAGAAGGAUUGGGGUGCCUCCCAGCCUAUCCCUCUCCCAGCCAGCUAUCUCCAGCUCUCUUACAAUCCUAUGGUUCAGUUAAUGCCCAGUACUCCAGGUUCUUCUUACCUCAUUACUCGGUCAGCAAUGGCUUCAGUGCUCUCAGUGGUAUAAACGGCAUGAACAACUUCAAUCUCUUUCCCAGGAUGUAUCCGAUUUACAGCAGCCUCCUGGGAAACGGCAGCAUCUCCCAGCCCAUAUUCAGUCAGAUGGUCCUGCCCAGCAAGUUGCCCCUGGAGAGAGGCCCUAGUCUGCUGUUCCCCGAGCAGCCAAGGGACUUUCGCAUUCCAGCAUCCAACAGUGCCUUCUCCAUCAUAGGCUCUGCGGCCAGUUUGAAGGACAGGACUUCCAGCCCCACCAACGGGUCGUCUCCGACUGCAGGCACAGCUGCAUUAUAUUCUGAACAUUUAAUGCAACCCAAACCUACCUCAGCAGGGCUGGUCAACAGCAUUGAAGAAGCUGGUAACCUCAGCAAGCCAAAGAGAAAUCUCACCGGUUACAAGACACUUCCUUACCCCUUAAAGAAACAGAAUGGGAAGAUCAAGUAUGAGUGCAACAUCUGCUUCAAGACCUUUGGACAAUUGUCAAACCUCAAGGUUCACCUGAGGGUACACAGUGGAGAAAGACCCUUCAAGUGUCAAACCUGCAAUAAAGGCUUUACACAGCUCGCACACCUACAGAAGCACUUUCUGGUUCAUACUGGGGAAAAGCCACAUGAAUGUCAGGUUUGCCACAAAAGGUUCAGCAGCACAAGCAAUCUAAAGACCCACCUACGGCUGCACUCAGGAGAAAAGCCUUAUCAGUGUAAGCUCUGCCCAGCUAAAUUCACGCAGUUUGUCCACCUCAAGCUCCACAAGCGCCUGCAUACCAGGGAGCGCCCUCACAAGUGCCUCCAGUGCCACAAGACCUACAUUCAUCUUUGCAGCCUGAAGGUGCACCUUAAGGGAAACUGCCCGAUUGCCCCGAGCGCUGGCAAGUCCCUGGAAGAUUUGCACCACUUCAAUGAGGAAAUCAAUAAGUUCGACAUCAGUGACAGUGCGGACAAGCUGGAUGAUAUGGAGCACGGCAGUGAUGUGGAGUCGGUGGUCGAGAAGCAGAUCUUUACCAUGCUAAGGAGAGAGGCGGAAGAAUCCAGCUUAAAAAACACUUUUCAAAGGAACCUGGGGAGUGGUCUACUCUCUUCCGGGUGCAAUCUGUACGAAAACGUGGAAGCUUCAGUCCUUAAAAUGCCUCGCGGUAGUCCUCUACCUCUCAUACCUAUAAAAGUCAAGCAAGAAGCAAUUGAACCUAUUGACCCUUGAGAUGAGGUGUGAUGUGUUUAUGACUUCAGCAGCCAGGGUGCCUGUAGCAUUCGAAUGUACAUAGGAUUUCUGCAGUGCUAGAUAAGCCUGGCCUACAUAAUGAGAGCUUCCCUUCGCUGGGCACCUCUUCAUUCGACUCAGGGCAUCUCCGAAACAUUUGACAGGACUUUAUAACAAGCCUUGACAAAGACAAUCAUUUAAACAUAAUUAUUUUUCCAAGAAUAAUACUCAAUAAUUUAUUAUGCAAUUUAGAUUGUUAAAGCAAUAUUCAGACAUAAUGUUUACAAUGACCCAAUCUGUCAUUGUAAUCAAAUAUCAAAAUGUUUUAUUUUUAUCUUCUCUGUUGCCAUUCUUUGUAGAUACUUAAAACUGUCUUUUUUUAGUAAGUUAAUAUUGGGGGGAGGAGGGAGGGAGGAAGAGAAGGGAACAACUUAAUGAAAUUAGAAAUGUUUUUGUAAAGUACUAUUGCGAUAUGGUGGUGUUUUGCCAAAGCGGGAAGUUUUUAAUCGUUGGAUCGUUUAUCCUAUUGUAGUCUUUCUUUCUCUCUUUCUUUCUCAUUCUCUUUUUAUCAUCCUCUUUUUCUUUCUCUCUUUUCUUUCUAUGUUGAGACCAUCAUAUUUUCAGUAUUGUGUUAUUUACUGAAUUGCGGAUGAGGUGGGAAGAAGAUUGUAAAGCUGAACAACAGUUACCUCAUUGCUUGUCCAGUGGCGCAGGGACGUUAUGAAUGAUUGUUUUGCUGCUUCACAGUAGGAUCCGAUUAGAAAUAAACACCAUUCAGGAAUUCUGCUGGCUUGUGCUUCAAGAAUAUGUCAUGGAUAUGUAGCAGCAAUUGAUUUUAUUUAAUAAUAAAAGAGUAAAGAAAACAACCUGCUAAGUUGUGAACUACAGAGUAAAACAAAGACGGACUUGUAAUCGACUUUUUUAAGUAACAUUUGGACCAUCGGAUGCUCUGUUAAAGCCGGAAACAGUGCAGAGAGGUUGAUUUAAUAGGAAGUUAGACUUGUUUCUGAUCGGUUUAAUGCAAACCAAAGCAUCACUACUCUUAUCACUGAACACACUUUAUUUCUUUGCUCUGUAAUGUUUCUGUGUUGCUGUUUUUAACCCUGCGUCGGCUACAUGAACUUAGUGGCACCCCCGUCCAAACUGGACUCUGCUUGCAGACUCCGUUCCAGUGAAUGUAGCUGAAGCCAGUCUGGAAACUUUGCCGAUGGUUGGAUCUUUCCAUUCUAUUUUUCAUUAAUUUAAAUUUCCUCUUUGACCAAAGCAACCAGGCAUUUUGCAGCAUCCGGACUUUUGCUUUUCAAUCAUUAGGAAACCUGCAUCUUUUGUUUACAUACUGGUUUACAUUGUUAUUUAUGUGCAACAUGUCCAAAAAAUGUAAAUUAAAAUAUAAAUGUCCACUGAAAUGAUCUUACUGCUAUGCUUUAAAUUUUAUUUGUAUGUAUGAAUUACAUUGAAAAAUGAAUUAUUCACUACUGCACCAACCAGGAAAGUGCUUUCACUAUGGAGCCAGAAGCUUUGAGCAGUAAAAUGAUUGAGAGAGAGAAGAAAAAAG